CUGAGCUCCUGCCACCUUGUGCUCCUUGACUCCAUCCUAAAUCCACUUGGGAUGGGCUUCACUUUGCCGGGGUGGCUCCAGAUUCUCUGAACACUGAAGGAGCAAAGGAAGCCCUUCCCCCCGGGGCUCCUCUUUAGGGGAUGCUGGGUUUCCCCAUGGACUGACUCACACUGGAAACUCUCAGCUUCUCUAUCUAGGUCAGGCUCGCACUUGCUCAUGCUUCUCACAGCGCUCGGCAGCCCCAGCCCCAGGCACAGGGGCCCGGCAGCACGUCCUGAGCGCUGGCAAGACUAUGCCACGUGCGGGCAGUGAGCACAGCCCAGGCCAUGGCGGGGUCCAGCAAGGCUUUGGCACUGCACAUCCUGCUCUGCUGCCUGUGUGCAGGGGUUGCCAACAUCAGGUGCUCGGGACACGUCUGGAUCGAGCCCGCUCCGGUGGUGCGGAUGGGCACCAACAUCUCCAUCAACUGCAUCUCCACCCUCGGCUGCCCCUGGGCCAAGUUCCGCAUCUUCUUCAACUACAGCCACGCUGAGGGGACCCCAGCCCCCCUCAACAGCAGCAGCGUCCAGCUCCGGCUGCGGGAGUUCCGGAUGCCCUUUGGGAGCGUGACCUGCUUCGCCCGCUGCCCCAACACCAACAUGUACCAGCUCGUGUGCGGCACCACCGUCCUGGCCGGCUACCCUCCGGACCCCCCCAGCAACCUGACCUGCGCCAUCCAGGAGCGCUCGGGACACAUGGCAUGCACAUGGGAUACAGGGCAGACAACCCACCUGCCCACCCAGUACACCCUCCACCUGCGCAGAGUGCGGACAGCAGUGACAGAGGAUGCUAAGGAGGAUGACGAUGAUGAUGAAGAGGAGGAGAAGGUCUUCCCUGCGGGCUCACUGGUACCAGUGAGCACCCUGCAUGGUGGGAACCACUACUCAGCAUGGGUGCAGGCCAGCAACGUGCUGGGUGCUGCCCGCUCAGCCCCUCAGCACCUCAACCUGCAGCAGCUCGUGAUCCCCGCUCUGCCCCUGGUCACCGGUGCAGAGACAACAGAGACCUCAGCUCCCAUCACCACCAUCCACUGGAAGAGGCAGACGCUGCUGGGGAGCGUGCGCUGUGAGGAGCGGCACAAAGCCACGGGCAGCGCGGCGUGGCAAGUGGAGGUGUGGGACAGUACGGCCCAGCACGGCUCCCGCUCACAGCACAGCCUGCACAGUGACACCCAGUACGUGUUCCAGGUCCGGUGCCGGCUCAGCGCUGCCGACAGCCCCUGGAGCGCCUGGAGCUCCCCCUUCCUCUACACCACCCCCGAGGCAGCCCCCGCGGCAGCUCCCGAUGUCUGGCGGCGCCUGGGCCCGGCGUUCCCGAACGGCAGCCGCGAGGUGACGGUCUUGAUCAAGCCCCUGGCACCCCAGGAUGCCCGCGGGAGGAUCCUGGGCUACUCCGUGACCGCCGAGAUCCCCGUGGGAAGGGUGCUGCUCUGCAACGCCUCCAGCGCCGGGUGCAGUGUCCUGGUGCCCCCGGGGGCCCGCACCCUCCGUGUCACCGCUCACAACUCCAAGGGGGGCUCCAGCCCCGCCAACAUCACCCUCACCCAGGGCAGCAACAGCCUCGAAGAGUUCCCAGCACCAGUGGCUGUGGAGGUCAAGCCUGAGAACCAGAGCAAGGUCCUGGUGGCCUGGCAGCCCCCCAGCCCCAGCAGGAGGCCCCCUCUGUGGUUCAUCGUGGAAUGGGUUUCCACCACCCCAUACAGCCCAAAGGAGCAGUACUUCUGGAAGAAAGUCCCGUACCAGGCAACAUACACAGACAUCCAAGCAGAGGCAGGAGCUGGAGGUCACAUCAAUGUGUCAGUAUAUGCAGUCUACCCCGAUGGAGCCAGCAAACCCAGCUCCAGCCGAGUCCCUGCAGAAGACCAGCUCCUGGAGAGCACCUACAGCAGCACCUACAGCGAGCUCUCCCAUGAUGAUGACAUUGGACUUUUCCUGGGACUGGGCAUCAGCGUGGUCGUAUUAUCGGUUGUUGUCGUAAUUCUGAUGUUUAAAAAAUCAGCCAGAAAAAGAAUUCAUGCCCUGGUUGUGUCAAUCCUGCCAAAAUGGCUGUUUGAAGACAUCCCCCACAUGGAAAACAGCAGCAUGGUGAAGUUGCUCCAGGAAAACAGUGAUUUCCUGAGGACCAGCCUCCAUGAGCCGUUCGUGGACACCAGGGACCCCGCAGUUAUGGAAGUAGAGGAGAUGCCAGCACACGAGGAGUACAAGAACAUAGUCACCAGAAGGAAUCCCAGCAGAGAGAUCCCCAAGGACGGGGAGCUCAAGGAGAGCACGGUGCCUGCUACCGCCAUGCCCUUCGAGCACAUCAGUGACUACAAACCUCAGGUGUCCGAUGGGAACGCGCUGGGAUACGUAGCAGCCAAUAUUUACCAAACACAGCCCCCAGCAUCCCUCCCAGAACCGGAGACAAACCUCUUCUUCAGAGACUACACGAGCCCCUUUCCCCACACGUGGGACGGGGAGGGAGGGGGACACCACGUCUGCCUGCUGGAGCACAUCAACCUCGUCCUGAGCAACAGCCAGAGCGGGCAAAGCCACACGUUCAGCUCAACGCAGGCGGGAUGUGGCUCCAUCCUGGACAACCAGUGGGGACACGCUGCGGCCGGUGAGGUUCAAGAGCAAAUGCUGGUCCCCGAUGAGCUGCUCUCCUGCCUGCGAGCCACGAAUGGGCAGUCGGUGGAUAUAAACCCCUGCUUUCCACAGAACAUCGGAAGAUUACUUUGAGGGAUGGUGCAGCUCUGUUUAAAAACCC